AUCUUCCAGCUUAAGCGCUAUAUAAGCAUAUGCUUCUCUCAGUCUGCCUAAUUAUGUAAGAGGCGCUGAAGGAAAAAGUCUCCUUGCCAGACUUGACUGCCUUCAUUGAGUGCACAUGUAUUAAGCACCUACUGUAUGCACUCUCUUAGGAUACUGUAGAUUAUUCUGAGGACAAUAGCAAACCCCGGUUCAGUGGGAAUGUGGUCAUUUCCUAAAGAAGCAGCAUUAAAAGUUCUUGGCAUCCUGGGUCCUGGUCUCGUAAAAACAUGCCGAGGAAACAGGUUGGGAACAUGAAAAUGUGGCUACAUGAAGAAGAAAGAUGAAAGGUGUAAAAGGGUAUAUGGGAAAACUACCCAUAUUGUCCAGAGAGGAUAUUCUGAAUUCCAAACACCUGUUUCCCUAAAGGACUUCACUGGCUAAUCAGUCUGCCCAGCUCCCAGAUCCAACAGCAUCCGAUGAACGGGCUUGUAGUAAAAUACUUCACAUACUGAUUUUCACUUGGUCCCAUUCAGACCGAAUUCAGCACAUCUCCGAGGUCUCAUGACGGUUCAUCCACCUGUCAGGGGCCACGCCAGGGUCUUCUGAGAAAGCAAGGCCGUUGAACUUACCGCUGACAGUUAACGGGGCUGGACUUCAGCUUCCCUAACUUUACCCUAACACCCCGUCAUGGAGCCAUUGCCUCUGAAGUUUUCUCAGCCUGUCUUUAAAGGCACUUAGUUUUCAGCCCUAUACUGUCUCACCAAGGCAGCUCCGUUGUUCUUUGCUACCGGGGAAAGUCAGAAUAUCUCCCCUUAGCCCUGAUACCCUCGCCUACACGGUUCAUCAAAGUACUCCUAGUUCCGCUCCUGUGUCCACCGUCCUGAGCAUUGGGUUUGGACACCGUCUGGUGGUGAUGGUUGGGGGGCUGCUGGUCAGCGUGGGCAUGGUGAUCGCCUCCUUCUCGCAGAAGGUCUACCACAUGUACAUUGCCAUCGGCAUCGUCUCUGGUCUGGGGUACUGCUUCAGCUUCCUCCCAACUGUCACCAUCCUGUCACAGUACUUUGACAGAAGACGCUCCGUGGUCACGGCUGUUGCUUCUACAGGAGAAUGUUUCGCUAUGUUUGCUUUUGCACCAGCCAUCACGGCCCUGAAGGAGACCAUCGGCUGGAGGUACAGCCUCCUCUUCGUGGGUCUCCUGCAGCUCAACCUCGUGGUCUGCGGGGCACUGCUCAGACCUAUCAUCAUCAGAGGACCCGGGACCCCCAAAUCCACCACCCACGAAAAUCGGAAAGAAGUGCAAUACAUGCUUGAGAACGAGAAAACCCGCACCUCGAUGGAUUCCAUCGACUCAGGAGUAGAAGUUACUACCUCACCUAAAAACGUGCCUGGUCACGCGGCCGUGGAGCUCGAGCCCAAGGCCGGCCUGCAGCAGACCCUGGGCCAGCCCGGCUCCAAGCCCGGCUGCCAGAAGGCCCCGCUGCUGGACUUCUCCGUGCUGAAAGAGAGAAGUUUUAUCUGCUACGCGUUUUUUGGUCUCUUCGUCACCCUGGGGUUCUUCGCCCCGUCCUUGUACAUCAUUCCCUUGGGCCUCAGUCUGGGCCUGGACCGGGACCGCGCUGCUUUCUUAUUAUCAGCGAUGGCAAUCGCAGAAGUGUUCGGGAGGGUCGGGGCUGGGCUGGUCCUGAACAGAGAGCCCAUCCGCAAGAUCUACAUCGAGCUCAUCUGUGUCGUCUUACUGACCGUGUCCCUGUUUGCCUUCACUUUUGCCACUGACUUCUGGGGUCUCAUGUCCUGUAGCGUAUUUUCCGGGGUUAUGGUUGGGACGGUGGCGGGGACCCACAUCCCGCUGCUCGCUGAGGACGACGUUGUGGGAAUCGAGAAGAUGUCUUCAGCGGCUGGCGUCUACGUCUUCUUCCAGAGCAUCGCGGGGCUGGCCGGACCGCCCCUUGCAGGGCUGCUGGUGGACCAGAGCAAGAUCUACAGCAGAGCCUUCUACUCCUGUGCGGCUGGGAUGCUUGUGGCCGCCGUGUGCCUCGCCCUCGUGAGACCCUGUAAAAGCGGGCUGUGCCGCCCACCCCGAGCCGGGGAAGGGAAGGCCGAGAGUCACCGUGGGAAAGCGUUACAAGACAUCCCAGAAGACUUUCUUGAAAUGGACCUGGGGAAGGCUGAGCACAGAGCUCCUAUGAAAACGGAGCCCGUGUGACACGCUUGUCAUUCACACCAGCCUCCCUGGGGGCUGGAGAGGGUGGGGGACAGGGGACCCAGGGCAGCAGGGAUGUGGACCACCCACCCGCUUUCCAGACUACACUCUAAAGGGAAUGUAUGCGUGAACACCACUACCAACAUCCUUCUUUUUUUCCUUGUAAGUUUUCCUUUUCGCUUGUUUUUUAAGCCAAAACAAAAGCCACCGAACACCCUUUCCGUACCUCAACCUGGCUGUAUUCAGUAGCAACACGAAGAUGCACAGGACUCUCGGGUUCGCAUUCCCGUUUUAAAGAGUGACAUGAAUUGGCCAAGUGGUUUUAAGAGCUCUCACAUGUGAUACACUGCUAUCUUGGAAAAGGACAUCUGGCCGAGGCCACUGAAAUGAAAUUGGCCAUUCCAAAAAAAAAAAAAAAAAAAAAAACAACUUACAGCAUUUAAAACAUUUCUCAUUUUCAGAAAUAUGAACAAAUUGUUUAAAACCCUUUGAAAAAUACUGAGGUUUCCAUUAACAAAGUAGAGCCUCUGAAUUUUCCACAUAGCUCAUGGAAAUAAAGUACAGUUUGAGACCAAACAUUUGGCUAGUAAACGGAAAUUUUAAAAAUAUAUGUAACUUGAACUUCAUAAAUGUGAAGAUGACCACUUCUUUUUAUGGCCAGUCACUACCAGAAGUAUUUCAAUACAGAAUACACGGCACAGCGUUCAAAAAUGUGUUUCCUAUUGCUUUUAAUUGUUCAGAAAUAUGUGAUUAUAGUGUCUUUAAUUUAAACCACUAUUUAUUAUUAAGUUAUUCUAGAAUGAAUAAAGUAAUCAAAAGAAAGAAAAUCUGAGACAUAAGCAGAAUUUUUACCCCCUUUCUGCAAUCCUUUACAUGCCUCAAAGAAUACUUCUUAACUUGUAAAGUGACUCUCGUAAAAGGCCAAGUUGUAAGGAUUCUUCAGUUUGAUUAAAGACAACGUGCGUCAUUUAAAGGGGGGCCAAGGAUGAGUAGCAAAUCGCCUUAUAGCUUUUUUAAGUGAUUUGUUUCAUCACCUAAGAAUACUUGAGGAUCUUCUUUGAUCAGAAUCCUAUUUCAUUGAAUUGUUGAAGCAUUUCUGAUUUUUUUUUAAUCUCACCGUUGAAGCAUUUCUGUAUUUCACGUGGGCUAGCAGAGACAUUUAUUUUACCAUCAUGAGUUAUAUCAUAUAAACCGUGAUUGCUCUAUGCUACCAGAGUUAUCGGGUUAACUGGUCACUGGUUUUUUUUUUGGAGUUACAUGUAUAGUAUUUCUCAUGUGCACAUUUUUCUGUAAAAGGGCAAGUAUGAGGGUAACAGGUUGGCUACGUACUCAUAAUGUCCUGAAUCUCACUCUACAGGUGAUGGUCAGUACCGCUGCUCCAUCUUUAUUCGUUUGCUGUUAAUUUAUGACAACUCAGGGGGAAAAAAAUAUAACAAGCCUAGUUUGGUUACAGGUACACACAAGCUUGAAUAUUUCUCUGCACUGAAAUGAAAGUGGCAUAGUUCAUCACCACCUGCUACGUUUUUGUAUAGUGUUUGAUCAGCCAUAGAAAUAGGACAAUCUGUAAAACUCUGGGGAGGGGCUGGGGAGGAAAUGACAAUGUGUCUGUCAAAAACAGACACACCUAGAACAAGGUGGAUGUAGCAAAUCUCUGUCACUACCAGAGAAGGACUUGGAGCUUGUGGCACUUUUGCAGACUUCAUGACUUCAGCACUUUACAGCAUUUUUUACUAUGAAUGUUCAAUACAAUUUAAUAUUUAUAUCUGGUUUCAGAGCGAUCUGCUUAAGACGUCCAUUCUGUUAAUUGCAUGGGAAAAAAAUGUAUGCCAAUUUCAGUAUGUCAGUAAUCAAGGUUUUAAAUGUUUGGCAGAAAUGAAAACAGGAUUGCUGAUUUGUUCUGUAUUCUGUGACAUUCUGGUACUUCUAGAUUUGCAAUAAAUGUAUGGCUUUUUUAUUUAAAGAGAGUGAUUCGGUUUUUUCUUGACUCCUUGGCGUUCACUGGUGGAUCCAGCUAAAGUUAUAAAAACUCAAGGAAGAUUCAUGUCAAAUAACGUUUUUAAAAGCUUUUGUGCAAAAUCUUUUAACUGCACUAGAGACGCAUAAACGUUUCCAAGACAUGCUAGUUGAACAUCAUUAUUUCAUAAAUGCAAAAUAAAUGAAUGGGGACUUCCCUGGUGGUCCAAUGGUUAAGACUCCACACUCCCAAUGCAGUGGGGCACGGGUUCGAUCUCUGGUUGGGGAACUAAGAUCCCACAUGCCACACAGCAUGGCAAAAAAUUAAAAAAUAAAUAAAUGAAGGAAAUGAUAUCCUGGUGGCCACAGAGAGAUAGCUCAGCCUAUCAAAAGUAAUAAGUGAACAUAGUUAAGACUAACCAUACAUGGUUACAGAACACGUCCAGGAACUGCUCUAACCUGUAAGUAAACAGCAUGGACUUUCCAUGCCAGGGCUCUGCAAAAACUUCUUCUGUAAAGGUCCAGAUAGUAACUAUUUAAGGCUUUGCGGGCCACACAGGCUUGGUCACAACUAUUCAGCUCUGCCUCUGCAGGGCGCAAACAGCCAUAGACAAAAUGUAAAUGAAUGAGCAAGGCUGUCUCAAUAAAAGUUUAUUUAUGGAUACUGAAAUUUGAAUUCCAUAAAAUUCUCACACUAUGAAAUAUUGUUGAUUUUUUUCAGCCACGUAAAAAUGUAAAAAUCAUUAGUUUGCAGGCGGUCAAGAAAACUCGGCAGUGAACUGGAUUUGGCCUGUGGGCCUGCUCCACGCACCUGGGACACUGAUCGGACAGGUACCACCAGUAGCAAAACUGUAAACUAGCUGUCCUGACUGAUGGGGAAGGAUCGUCGUGGUCAAAGUGAUCCUUAGAUCACAGGUGCCAGAGAUAGGAAAGAUCAAACAGCUGCUAGCACAUUAUCAGGUUUCACUGCCUGUGAUUAAAGAGAUUUGGCUUCCAGGUUACUGACGAAAUAAUUUCACUACAAAUGUAGACCACUUCCCUUCCCAAAAUAAAAUCAUUCCAGUUGUAAAAAUGAGAUAAGAUCAUGUGUUCUUUUAAGACAAAUGCAUUCUUAACAGAUACAAUGUUUCCAAGCUUUUUAACCAGGUUAUCAAUUUUCGACUCCAAUAAUGUGUAGGGUAGCUUUUGUACAUUUAUUUACCUUUCCUUUAGCUCAAUACCUGGUGAUAAAAUAUAGAUUCUAACUCAGAGUUCCGUGGCCGGGUCAUCCAUUCAAGUCACUUGAGGUAUUUAUUACAUUUAGAUUUCUGUACUUCUCAAAUAUUAUAAAUCAGAAAUGAUCAUGAAUCCUUUCUUUUUCUUUUUUUCUCUUCUUGGCCGCAACGCACCGCGCAGCUUGCGGGAUCCAGUUCCCCGACCAGGAAUGAGCCCAGCCCACCGCAGUGAUAGCGCCGCAUCCUAACCACUAGGCCACCAAAGAAGUCCCAUGAAUCCUUAUUUUUAAAAGCUCCCAGAUAUGGGGUUCACUAAUACGCCUAGAGUUUAGAAAGCCACUGCCCUUAAAAUUUUAAAUGGUUAUGAACAUUAAUUAAAACGACCAAUUUAAAGACAAUUCAGACAUGGUACACGCUAAAAGAUCACUCCUAUAAGUAUACAUCGCACUGCAAAAAGAGAAGCGGUCCUGGGUUUCAGGUUUAUGGUUAAUACACGGGAGGCCUACAGGCUCCAACAGGUGGGCCAGACUCUGUCGCAUAAGUAAGGAAACUAGCUCCCCCUGGUGUUCAGUGUCUGUCAUGACCGCCUGAGGGUGCUGAACAAGAAAAGUGCCGAGGUCAGGAACUUGCAAAACUUCGUUUUUCACGUACGAAAAACUCUCACGGCCAAAUCACAAUGACCACAGUGACUAUGGAUCUCCUAGAGGGGAAAUGGGACAGCAAAACUGAUACCCCAGAACACUUUAUCUAUACAGGCUUUUAAAAUAUAGCUCACCCAAGGUUACGGGAAAAAAAUAACUAAUUGUGGCCGUUAAUUUAUAAUAUUUAUCUACCUUUCCGGCAACUCAGCCAGAGAACAAGCACGCUAACCAUCCUAGCAACUUACUCCCCUAGAAUUCGACCCAAACUUUACCUCCUCUACGCUGGGGACUCUCUUGCUAAGUCCCGACUUCACUGCGGAUCUCCCGACUGUGUGAGAGCAGUAGUGCCACCUUAACCUGUCCUCAGCAGAAGCCUUGAUCCUCCUCCCCACAUCCUACUGGCUCUGCUUUCUAAAUGUAUCCAUAACCUGACUGCCUCUGCCAACUCCGCCAGCAGCCUGGAUCCGAGGCACUGUCUGUCAUCUUCGCUCGAUCACUGCAAUCGUCUUCCAGCAGGUUUGCCCACUUCCGCUCUCGCCACACAUGCACCCCAGCCCACCCUGGCCUUCGUUUUCCAGACAGAAGCCUUGCAACAAUCCUUUUAAAGCAUGAGUCGUACACGACCACAUGCCCAAGACUACUACUUUCUGCCCGGCUCUUACUGCACCGGCUUUAUUAUUGUUCCUUGAAAUCACACGCCUCAGGCCUUGGCAUCUGUGGUCCCUUUGCCUGGUCCUGCUUCCCUGAGAUGUGCACAUGACAUGAGCCUCCAAUCUGGUCCCCCCGCAAAAGUCCCUCCCCUGAGGAGGCAUGCCUGAAUAUCCUAUCCAAAACAGCACUGGUUUCUACCCCUUUACUCUGAUGUUAUAAAAGUACUGUUUGGGCUUCCCUGGUGGCGCAGUGGUUGCGCGUCCGCCUGCCGAUGCAGGGGAACCGGGUUCGCGCCCCGGUCCGGGAGGAUCCCACAUGCCGCGGAGCGGCUGGGCCCGUGAGCCAUGGCCGCUGAGCCUGCACGUCCGGAGCCUGUGCUCCGCGACGGGAGAGGCCACAACAGAGGGAGGCCCGCAUACCAAAAAACAAACAAACAAACAAACAAACAAACAAAAAAAGUACUGUUUACUCACUUAUGAUCAUUAAGGCAUAGCAGUUUUCUGUUCACCGCUAUAUCCCCAAGGCUUUGAGCAGGGCCUGGCACAUUGUAGGUGAUGCUCCAAAAAUACUGCUAAAUGGAUGAGUUAAUGAGUGCCUCAUUUUUCACUGACUUUUUCAAGAGCAAACAAAAAAAAUGGUACCUAUUUACGAUUACACUCAAGAGUCUGGUGCUUCUAUGAAUCAGCUGGACGGCCUGAAAGCACCGUGCUCAAAACCUACUGGU